AUGUCUCCACCAGCUCUUGUUGCUCCCGGCGCAGGCUCUGCCGCAAAGGAUGUGAAGAGAGAGUCCGGAAUGGCUCGUCUGCUCGGUUCCGGAUCCUCUGGCAUUGCUGAGCUCCUUAUUUUCCAUCCCGUUGAUACGACCGCCAAACGUCUUAUGAGCAAUCAAGGAAAGAUCGCCAACGUUUCCCAAUUGAACAAAGUCGUUUUCAAGGACUUCGCCGACGCCUCUGUCGCUAGGAAGUUCACCUCUCUUUUUCCCGGUCUUGGAUAUGCUGCUGGAUACAAGGUAUUGCAACGGAUAUAUAAAUAUGGCGGACAACCAUUCGUCCGGGAUUAUCUGGCCCAGCACCACGGCUCGUCGUUCGACAAUGCAUUUGGCAAGGGCACUGGCAAGGCGAUCAUGCAUGCUACGGCCGGAAGCUUGAUCGGUAUUGGAGAAAUUGUUCUCCUCCCCCUCGACGUCCUCAAAAUCAAGAGACAGACAAACCCAGAAGCAUUCCGUGGCCGUGGCCUGUUCAGAAUUAUCAAAGAUGAGGGAAUGGGUCUCUACCGCGGUGCAGGCUGGACCGCUGCACGAAAUGCCCCCGGUUCCUUUGCACUCUUCGGCGGCUCCGCCUUCGCGAAAGAAUAUAUCUACGACCUAAAAGAUUAUAACUCCGCGUCUUGGCUGCAGAACUUCGUGGCAUCCAUCGUCGGUGCCAGCGCCUCCCUCAUCGUCUCCGCGCCGCUUGACGUCAUCAAGACCCGGAUCCAGAACCGCAACUUUGAGAACCCAGAAUCUGGCUUCCGAAUUGUCAGCAGCAUGAUCAGGAAUGAGGGCCCGACUAGCUUCUUCAAGGGGCUGACGCCCAAGUUGCUGAUGACGGGUCCGAAGCUUGUGUUUAGCUUCUGGCUUGCGCAAACCUUGAUCCCGGCGUUUGGGAAGGUUGUCUCCGUCCAAUCAUCGACAGUCAACCCCCGAAGCAUCAACUUAUCGUCAAUCCAAAUCCUUGCGAAUUCCCUGUGUGGAUGGAAUAGUCGCGCAUUUCAACCAUUCCCAUUCAUCCAAAACAACUAUAUAGAAGGGUUUCCGAAUUCCAGCAAAACAAUGUCUGCCGCAGUGGCUUACCCGUACCUAAUCUCACGGAUCGCCGACCCCCUCUUCGCCGUCUUCAUCGGCUCUUCGGCCGCCUACGUGCGCAUCCGCCGGGAACACAGAGCGAAACACCCCGAGCAACCAUCUGAUCCGCGUUAUCUGUUUAAUCUUGGCUUGAGGAGGGUGAAGGGGUGGUGGGGAGGGUGGGAGUCUGUGUAAGGGGGGUUAAGUGCAAGUGGGAAUGGGGGCCAGAGGGGGCGGGAGUGGAUUGGAAAAUAAUAGAUUGGAAGGGAAGGGAAGGGAAAGGAGAAGGGAACGGCGGCGCCAACGAGCUGACAGGACCCCAAUGCAUGAAUGACAGGCACUACUGCGUUGAACGCUCCAGUCGCAAUUCAACCAGCAUCUCAAACUAUACAGCCUACCCUACCCUACGGAUCUACACGGCCUGUCCGCCUCAUUCGUUCGUUUUGAAGAGAAUAUAGUCCCAACCAACAUAGAUCCCCCAGUCGCCAGGGGAAUCACCGCAGGUUGACUUGGGUGUUCUGCGGCGUUCAUGUCCCCUACACCGCCAACUGCAAUCGUUCCAUUAUCAGUGCUUAAAAGCUCCUCCUGUGCUCAUAUACCUCUCCACAUGGAAAAGCAGCGAUUUGAUCGCUAUCGUUGUCGUUCAGUCUGCUCCAGCACUGGGAGGGGCGGAGGUGUCGACAUAUUCCCGCCCUCCCGCAUGGAACAUAUCAGCCCUAUGCAAUGCUCCAGAUACCCUCGCAAGUCCCUGGGGAGACUUUUGUACAGUACUAUAUUUGCGUGAGGGAUCACUGGAGAUUAGAUUACCUGCGCUGGGACAAAAUCUUUCGAUUUUGGCGUUCUACUGUAUAUAUUGUAUACUUGCUUGCGUGUUCAUGAUCUGGUCACCCGAAGGAGGCGUUUUGUUUGCAUUUCAUCUUUCCUGAGGAGCGAAAUUUUAGCAUCGCGUUGUUUCUUUUAUUCUCCUUUAUCUUUCUUCGCGCCUUUCAACCCCCCCAUAGGGCUCUUUCUGUAAUGCGUCCUAUUGGCAAUUUUACCCAUAUUACCCAUAUUACCGCUGCGUUAUCAUCUCCCGCCGAACACAGCCGACCCUUCAGCCAUGUACCACAUGGGCAAAAAGCUAGGGGAAAACCUGCAAACAGACCACAUAAGCAGCCCGGCUGGGAGGAACAAAAUUAGGCAACAGGAUUUGCGUUUUGGUUUUCUGUAUUCUAACGCGACCAAAAACCCUCACUACUGGUCUUGUAUUUAGAUAGUUAUUGAAUACCGAUCUCCGCAAAAGCUUAAUCGGUAUGGGUAAUUAUAGCGAGACCAGGCAAGGAAAAAAAAGAAAAGAAAAGAAAAGAAGAAAGAAAGAAAGUACCCGAGAGUAAAAAGGAUGAGACGAGGAAGACAGGGGAUGGAUACCGCUCAAUCCAUCCCAUCCCAGUCAACCCACUCACUAAGCUGCGUAAAAGGGCAUGUAUUGGUAGGCCCACGCGAAAAGCAUAGGGCGGCGGGCCUUACUAGAGCAGUAAAAGAGCUACAACUAAAAUAUUAAACGGGAUUUUGCAAACAGGUAAGCCGGAAAACAGAAAGC